ACAAUGCAACUGCUUUGCAAGACUCACUGCCAGCAUCCAUGGGAGAAAAUCGAAACCUAAAAAGCCCUCCAAAGUCUUCUUAAAAUCUCAACUAAUACAGCAGCAGGCAUAGUCAAGAUGGCACUGGAUGAGGCUCAACGUCUCCUCUCACAAGUUCUACAAGCAGUCAUGUAAAGAGCGAAUUUACUUCUUCUCCACACUCAUAACAGAAACCUAGAUCUGGAAAGUGCUCUGAAGGAGUUAACAAACACCAGGUUCUCAGUUUCCGUUUAGUUUGUUUCCUGGUUUCUUCCUGGUUUCAGCGAUGGCGACUGCUAGUGUGAGAUCUGAGCUGAGCUGCCCCGUGUGCUGGGAGAUUUAUACAGACCCAGUAACCCUGCCGUGUGGCCAUAACUUCUGCCUGAGAUGUAUUGAGAGAACAUGGGACUGGCAGGAGGGGAUAGAGGAAGAUCCUUCAUGCCCUGAAUGCAGACGGAAAUACAAGAAAAGGCCUGAACUGAACAGAAACAUGACUCUGCGUAACGUAGCAGAGAAAUUUCUCCCGACUCACCCAGAGCAGGAAUGUUCUGGGAUCUUCUGCACUUACUGUGACUCCCCUGUAGCUGCUGCUAAAUCCUGUCUCCUGUGUGAGGCUUCUCUAUGUGUUACACACGUGCGGGUACAUAGCAAGUCACCAGAACAUGUAUUUACUAAACCUACCGCUUAUUUUGAAGGCAGAAAAUGUUCUGUACACAAAAAGAUCCUGGAGUUUUACUGCACUGAGGAUGGUGUCCAUAUCUGUGCCUCCUGCUGCCUGGUGGGAGAGCACAGGGGCCACAAGGUGGAGCCACUGAGCGAGGCCUCUGAGAAGAAGAAAGAGAAACUGAGGAAAGUUCUGGAGAAACUGAACCCAAAGAGAGAGGAGACUGAGAGACAAAUCCAGAUGCUGCAGGAGCGCAGGAAUGAAAUGCCAGAAAAAGCAGCCAGUGAGACAGAGAGAGUCGCUGCCCUGUUUAGAGACAUCAGGGGACAGCUGGAAGCCCUAGAGGAGAGACUCCUGAGUGACAUCUCCAGGGAACAAGAGAAGACUUCCCACAAACUCCAUGAUCUGAUCCAACAGCUGGAGAUAAAGAAGGACAAACUGUCCAGGAAGAUCCAUCACAUUGAGGAGCUGUGCAACAUGGCAGAUCCACUCACUGUCCUACAGGAACCGGAGUUUCAUUGGGCUGUGGGGGCAGAUACUGAGGGCAGAGUGGAAGAUGUUAUUGAAGGGGCAGAUAUUGAGGGUAGAUACAGAGAUAAUAUAAAUGCCCCUGCUAUAGGGGAUCUGGAUGUGGUACUGAUCUCAGAGACAUUACUCAAAGGCUUAGCUGAUAUAGUGGAAGGGGUGAAGAUGAGAUUAUUUCAAGGGGAGAUGUUUUUGAGACAUGUAAGUAGUCAGUUAGCAAUGAUAGGGAAUACAUUGGAUACAAGAAUGGAUCUAAAAUGCGGUUUCGUGAAGGCCCUGUUUGGUUUGUAGGGCAACAGCAUAUAGGUCAUGCCAUUGGCACAAGCGUAUAAUGCACAUCACAAUAUAAAAAUGACAAUGUUGUACUCAAACUUGUUUCUUGAUCAUAAUAAAUGCAUUGUAUCACA